UAACACGUUUGAUCGGCAAUUGUAGUUGCAGUAUUCCCCACAGCACUUGAACGCAGCACCAGGUCGGUUUCUCCGGCAACGGCUGACAACAGAGAGGAAGAUGGUGUACAUCACAGAGGACAUGGUCCGCCGACGGGCCGAGCACAACGAGUGUGAGAUCUUCUCGCUGGAGGAAGUUUCCCUGCACCAGCAGGACAUCGAGAGGAUCGAGCACAUCGACAGGUGGUGCAGGGACCUGAGGAUCCUCUACCUGCAAAACAACCUCAUCCCCAGGAUAGAGAAUCUCGGUCGCCUGAAGAAGCUGGAGUAUUUGAAUCUGGCCUUGAACAACAUUGAAGUCAUUGAAAACCUUGAAGGCUGCGAGAGCCUCCAGAAGUUGGACCUGACGGUGAACUUUGUGGGCCGUCUGAGCAGCGUACAGUCCCUGAAACACAACAUCCACCUGGCGGAGCUGUUCCUGGUGGGGAACCCCUGCACUGAGUUCGAGGGCUACAGGCAGUUUGUGGUUGCUUCUCUUCCUCAGCUCAAGUGGCUGGACGGGACGGAGAUCAGCCGUUCGGAGAGGAUUCGAGCCUCACAGGGGCUGGAGGAGGUAAAGAGGCAAGUCUGGGAGCAGGAGAAGGAAUACCUGAAGAGGAGAGCCAGGGAGAAAGAGGAGAUGCAGAGGAAGGCAGCAGGAGACGAGAAAGGAAACGAGGAGAGGAGUAAAGGCUGCGAUGGCCGCCGGUACACUGACGAAAAUAACACAGCUCCAGUGUUGGAGGAGAACAAGGAGAACCAGGAGGUGGAGGAGAACGUGAUGAGUCCGGACCUUGAUGAUGAGCAGCAGGAGAGGGAGUUCUGGAACACGCCAUGUUCAUUCACCCCCGAGUCUCGUCUGGAGGCUCACCGCCACCUCGAGGAGAAGAGGAGGGCAAAGGAGAAGGAGAAAGAGAAGAAGCCGAAGGCUCCGAGGACGCUGAUCACUGCUGAUGGACGAGUCUUGAAUGUCAACGAGCCAAAGUUGGAUUUCUGUCUGACUGAAGAUGAAGAAAACAACGCGAUCGUGUUGGACCUGGCAGUUUACAGAUUUGAGGUGUACAGCGAGGGCAGACUAAUCGGUGUUAUACAAACUGACCUGGACCUCCGUCUUCUCUCCCCUCACAGACACAUGGACACCUCCUUGAUAGACGUGGAUGUUCAGCCAACGUACGCCAGAGUGAACGUCAAAGGAAAGAUAUUUCAGCUGGUUCUGCCUGCUGAAGUGAAGCCCGACAGCUCGACAGCUCAGAGGUCCCAAACCACCGGACACCUGGUCCUCACCAUGCCCCGGGCUGAAGGUGAAAUCAAAGUGACAAAGACCGUCCAGCGUCCGUCCGGAGUGCGGCAAACACAACGCAGCAGCUCGUCUGAGGACAAGAAGAGUAAAGCGAAUGUUCCUGAGAGGCUGGAGGUCGACCCCAGUAAACACUCGGCCAUCGACCUCGCCAGCAUCGUACCUCGUCAGAGCAGCAAGGCAGGUCCGCUGGAAGCAUCCAGGAUGAAUCCUCCCGCCACCUCUGGUCACAGCAGCUUCUCCGAAGGGUUUGUGGACGACCCUGACGUCCCACCACUGAUAUAAGACUGCAAGAAGUAACUCGGACUCUUGAGCUGCUCUCCAAGUCCUCGACCAUCCAAAAUCAGUCAAAACUGAGUGACACAUCGACAUGGUGGCUGAAGGAUGUAACACUGGAACUGUUGAGAGGUAGAAAUGAGAGAGAUAGAACCAUAACUUGGUAUUUCCUUUCACAGCUCACUGAAAAGAGUCAAUAAACCUAAAAUUUCCCACCUUGACAACCGUUAAGAUGCAACUUCUGUGUGAAUAUCAAUAUCAAAUCCUGAUGUGCUCAUAUGUUCCUGCUCAUGGUGUGUAUCUGUUAACAUUGCACCUGUACUGGUUGUUAAAGGAGAAGUAUCCUAAGGUCUUGAAUUGCAGACAAUUAAAAUGUUUUCUUUUGAUAAAUUAGAAAUGGAAAACGUGGAGGAUGUUGAUCAUCACGAUGAGAAACUUGAACCAGCCUCAUCAGAUGCUGCAGACACAUUCCAAUUGGUACUAAAACAUAUUUGAUUCCCAUCAUUUCAGCUCAGUCUCCAGGAGAUAAUGUCAGCAGGCAACGCUCCUGCAAACCACAGAUACGUCUGAGGUUGACAUGUGUGCAGUAUUUUCAGAGUGAGGAGUGAGAACAGGCUGGAUGUUCUUCAGUCGUGAGGUGCAGGAAAUAAAAGCUGAUGUUCUUCUUAUUGAAGCGAGAGGUUUCAGUGAGUUCACGCCUCUCUGAACCCUGACGUUUGCCUUUAAGAAUAAAAAAUAGCUUCAGCAAGAGAAGAAGCU